AUGGGCCAUGAUGCCAUAAUUCAGAAGUUAAUUAAUUUCAUAUCACCGCCGAAAGUUUGUCCUUAUCGUCAAAGUUCAUCGUCAUCUUUAGAGAAAAGUACAAAUAUAACUGUUGAAUUCUAUCCAAUAGUGUUCGGAUUCAUUGAUCAAUAUUUAUUUGAAAGUAUACCGCGUCAAGUAUUAAUUAAUCAACAAUUAAAAAUAGUAGAUCAAGUAUGUUUACCUAAAAAAUUUAAAGAUUUCAGUGAACUAACACCAGGAAAACUUCAAACAUACAAAUUUAGUUUUGAAAAUGAAAUAGAUUAUCGUCGAUUAUACAGUACAGCAUACUUUGCAAUUACUAUGAAAAAAGGUGGAUGGGAUUGUAAUCGACAUUACGAAAUAAUAUCAUCAGGUACGAUGCCUUUUUUUGAUAAAUUGAAUGAAGCAGGAAAUUAUACAUUAUCACUUUUACCAAAAUCAAUUUUAUACGAAGCACAAACAAUUCCAGGUGUUACUCGUUACAAUAUGAGUAUUAAUCAUCAAUUAUUUGAUCUUAAUCAAUAUAAUCUUUUAUUACAUCGCUUAUUGUAUUAUGCUAAACAUCGAUUAACAACUGUUAAAAUUGUUGAAUAUAUUUUAAAAAUCAUUAGAUAUCCAAUAAAAUCUUCAAAAAAACAUUCUAUUCUUUAUAUAUCUCAUGAAGAAUGUGAUUAUAUGAAAGAGUUUAUGUUACAUGGUUUUACGCGUAUAUUUGAAGAAAAUCUAUAUGUUUUUAAGCCACCAAAAUAUAUGUAUAAAUAUCCAACAUCAAAAAUGUGGAAUCAAGAAGAAACGAAAAAUUAUUUCAAACAAGCUUUGUAUGGAUUUGGUUAUGGGUAUAAAUUGUCUCUUAAAAAUUAUGUUCGACUAUAUGAACGAGAUAAAAAAAAUCUUCACAAUGACACUAUCAUAGAAAACAAUAUUAAAGCUAAAAAUUAUUCUCUUAUCGUUUUUGGAUCGAUAAUUCGUAAUAACAAAUUCUUUUCAUUAACUAUAAAACAUUAUGAACGAUCCAGAAUCGUUCUCAUUGAUGGUGAAGAUGAUUUAAAACACAAAGAUCGAUCUGAAUAUGCAAAAUGGGGAACCUACUUUCUUCGAGAAAUACCAGACAAUUGUGAUACAUUUAUGUAA